AUGAGCUUUCCACCUCCCAAUUCCGGACAAUAUCCGUACAUCCCUCAUCCGCAGUACCAGUCCGGCCACGUGCCCCCGCCGCAGUUGAUAUACAACAAUGUUGCGGCCCCUUCGCCAUCGCCAUAUAAUAAUGGCUAUGGCAAGCCGCCAGUCUACCCACCAGGCAUGAUGCCGUAUCCUUCUGCAUACCAGGAUUUUCUUCAGCAACAUCAGCCACAGCAGCACAUGCAGCCGCCGCAUUUACAGCAAUCCCCUCUCAUUCACCAACAACAGCAAAUACAGCCUCAACCCCAACAACGAAUCUCUCAGCCGCAUCAGCAGCAACAAUCCCCUCGCCAUCGGCCGCAGCAGUCUUUACUUCCUCAUACCCAACCGCAAUCACCUAUGGUAUCCCAUGCGCAACAUCAGUCCUCUCGUCCACUUCCGCAGCAGUCUUACAUUCAGCCCCAUCAAUCCCCGAUACUUCAACAACCUCGACAGCUGCAUUCGCCACGACAGCAGCAGCAACACUCUUACAUUCAGCCACGUCAAUCCCCAAUCCUUCCACAAUCGAAACCCCUACAAUCUCCACGACAGCAGCAGCAGCAGCAGCAGCCUUACAUUCAACCACGUCAGUCUCCGAUCAUCCAAAAAACCGAACAACUGCAAUCUCCUCGCCCGAGGCCACCAAAGUCUCCCGUUCAAAAGCCCCAACGGCAGCAGAGCAUAUCACGCCCGGCUCCUCCUAAACCGCCACCUGUGAAACAUUCUCCGGUUCAGCAACCUCGCGUACAGCAACCCCAGGUACAGCAACCCCAGGUACAGCAACCCCAGGUACAGCAACCACAGGUGCAGCAGUCUCUGGCGCAGCAGCCACAAGUACAGCAGCCACAAGUGCAACAGUCCCAGGUCCAGCAGCCACAAAUGCAGCCUCAAAUUCAGCAAUCUCAUGUGCAACAAACUCAGGUCCAGCAGCCACAAGUUCAGCAAUCUCAUGUGCAUCAAACUCAGGUCCAGCAGUCUCAUGUCCAGCAACCUCCAUCUCUACCGCCAAGUGAGCUUGAACAUCAGUUUGUCAACCCGGCCAAUUUGUUUGUCGAGCCACCUCUCCCUACUGCCCCGCGGUCUUGGUACACAUCAUCUUCCCAAUAUGUUGACCCAAGCGCCCUGACGUCUUCCUCUACGGUUGACAUACCUUUGAUCCCUCUACCCACUACUUCUUCGCCAUCUCUCCCUCAAGCACCUCUGUCUCAAAGUGCUCCGGUUACUCAAAGUGCUCCGAUAACUCAAAGUGCUCCGAUAACUCAAAGUGCUCCGAUAACUCAAAGUGCUCCGAUACCUGAAAGUGCUUCGAUACCUCAAAGUGCCCCGGUAGCUCAAAGUGCUCCACCAGCAAUUGCUUCGAGUAAUUCCCAACCGACCCAAGAACAGCCGAGCUUCCAGGUUUCCCAACCAUUGAAAGCUGAGAAAUUUUCACCACCUACUGCAAAGCAAACACCUGCCGCAAAACAAACCCCUGCUACAAAACAAACCUCUACUCCAAACCCACCAUCAACGCCAAAAGUGCCCGCCCCAUCUGAACUGCCUCAUCCCAAACCUACCCCCUUGUCUGCUGUCCAUGCGAUCCCACAAGUAUUGGUUCCAGCACCUUCCCCGGAUUUCAUGCAAAAGCAGCAGCCCCAGAAAACUCCGCAACAGAAAAAGCAGACUUCUCAAAAGGCCAGUGAUAAGAUAAUGAAGUCUAAUAAGCCCCCAGUUGACUAUCAAGUCUUGCUUCUAUCGCUGGCCGAUGAAUAUCUUAAUGCCGCUCACCGUCAGGGGACGCAAACCGCGCUGAUAUCUCACCCUGCGGAUGUGGAGGAGUACUACAAGCUGGUUGCAACAGGGCUUGGAUGCUUAGAAGCUGUGUUGAAGAAUUGGAGAUUGGCACCUCGCAAAGAAGCCCUAGUGCGACUUCGCUAUGCGCGCACGCUGUUCGAGGAGACAGAUAAUGACAUUGAAGCGGAGACAGCUCUGAGUAAGGGUAUUGACCUUUGUGAGCGGAACCGCAUGCUGGACUUGAAAUAUAGUAUGCAGCAUCUUUUAGCACGCAUGCUCCACAAGACCAACCCCAAAGCUUCCCUCAAAGCUGUCGAUGGCAUGAUUCAAGAUGUCGAGGCAUACCGCCAUGCGGCCUGGGAAUAUGCAUUUCGAUUCCUUCGAGUCUCGUUAUCGCUAUCUUCUCCAUCUCAUCAGGACUCUGUUCAGGCUCUCCACCACCUGAACAAGAUUUCAACCAUGGCCAGUCGUAACGGAGACAAGGCUGUCUCGGCCAUGGCGGCCGUCAUCGAAGCUCUGGCACAUCUGCAACAAGGGAAUAGCUCUGAUUCUAUUGAGCAGGCGCAACGUGCAGUAGCCAUUGCGCGAAGCCACCAAUUAAAUGACGAGCUCCGUCAUAUCCCUCAGCUUGUCACUUUGAUCCAGAUGGUCGAUAUCUGUUGCAGCAUUCUUGAAUACGACGUCAAUCAGUCCGCCCAAAAGCUCAAGGUCAUGCAAGCCUUGGUAGAUGAGACACUGAGUAAUUCUAACUGGCGAAGCGAUGGCUCAUUUUCUGUUCCACUGAAUGGCAAGUCUGCCGGUCCAUCUUCUAUUGACACUGGAGACAUACUUCAGGUCGAAAACGGCACUCUGCUUCUGAGUUUCAAUUGGCUUCCUCAACAUGAUCUCUAUGCAUUGUCUUAUUUUCUAAGCUCGAUCACGUUGAGCGCAAAAAAUUCCUAUGAUGGUCGCAAAGCUGAAAAGUAUCUCGAUGAAGGGCUUCGAAUGAUUCAAGGAUCUUUUACCGCUCCACAAGAAAUCCCGGAGUCCAUGGUGAACGCAGCACGACGUGUCGAAUGGCGCCGAUCUCUGUACUGUAAUUUCCUCUUGCAGCGUGUUUUCUUGUCGUGCUCUCGAACCGACUGGGAUAUGGCCAAUACAUCCCUUAAGGAACUACGCCAGGUCGUUCAAGAAAUCGGAUCCGGUAUUACCAAGCCUAUCGAGUGUUUGAUGGAAUAUGCUGCUGGCACCAUUGCUCAAGCUACGGGAGAUCUCGUGAGCGCCUUCAACAUCUUUCAAUCGCCUCUAUUGUCACUGUCGUCUUCAGCUAGCAAGACGACACGCAAUGACCCUUGUCGUGAUACAUCUAUUCUUGCCGCACUCAACACCGUCCUACUUAUUCGCGAUCCUGCACACCCGUCGCACUCUCAUCUUCCGACUGUGAUGGCUACUCUCGAACAUUUCUGUUCUACCAGUCCAAACAAGUACAUCCAAGCAGCCUAUUUCCUAGUCUGCGCCACUGUCCAAACUGAGUCGACCAUCCAAACCAAGCAAUAUCUUCAGCAAGCACUGCAGUCUGCCACAGCUAUCAGCAACAGUCAAAUUACCUGCAUGACUCUCACUUUCAUGAGCUGGAAGUACUUCCGCGGAGUGGUUGGUGAACAAGCUGAAAAGAGUGCGCGGGCUGGUCGAGCUAUGGCUAAGAGAGCCAAUGAUCGUCUUUGGGCUAGUGUAACUGAUGAGAUGCUGGCGGACACCCUUGAGCGCCAGGGUAAAGCCGAUGAAGCUCAAGGUGUACGUGAGGAGGGCCAGCGACUUAUUAUGGGACUCCCACCGGGCUUGAAACGACCAGCUUAA